AUGGCUGCAAAUGCACAGUUCUGUUACGACUCUGUAAACAAUUCAUGUCUGAAACAAGUUUAUUUGGCUACUCUACGUAUCCCACUGUAUCUCGUCGCUGUAACAAUUAUUCUCUUGACUGUUUGUGGAAACCUGUUUGUCAUCAUCUCCAUUGCUCACUUCAAACAGCUUCACACGCCGACCAAUUUUCUUGUCCUUUCUCUAGCGGUUGUUGAUUUGCUAUUAGGAGGCUUUCUGAUGCCUACAGCUAUAGUCCGAUGCCUUGAAUCCUGCUGGUAUUACGGUGACUUAUUUUAUCGAUAUUAUGCUGUAUGUGAACCGCUAAAAUACCAAACUAAAAUUAAUGUCUGUGUUGCAUUUUACAUGAUUACAGUUAGUUGGAGUAUUUCAGCUGUUACCGGAUUUGGAAUGAUAUUUCUAGAGUUAAAUAUAAUGGGAAUGGAAGAUGUCUACUAUGACACAUUUUAUUGUAUAGGUAGCUGUAAUCUGAUACAGACUGAAGCAUCAAGCAUUAUUUCCUCCACACUCUCUUUUUACAUCCCUGGGUUUAUCAUGAUAGGCAUCUAUUUGAAAAUUUUCCUUGUAGCAAGGAGACAAGCCAGGACAAUUCAAGGAAUAGUAUCCCAGAGUAGGACCUCCGAAGACAGCAGGAAAACAACUUCAAGCAAGACAGAAAGAAAAGCUGCAAAGACACUGGGCAUAGUGAUGGGGGUCUUUCUCUGCUGCUGGAUGCCAUUUUUCUUGUGUAAUUCCGUGAAUGCUAUAUUUAAUUAUUCAAUUCCACCAGGUUUAAUUGACGGCCUUUUGUGGGUAGGCUACUUAAAUUCUACAUUUAAUCCUCUUGUCUAUGCUUUCUUUUACAGCUGGUUUAGAAAAGCUUUUGUUAUGAUUGUGUUUGGUCAUAUAUUUCAAACCGAUUCUUCUAGAACAAAACUAAUUACAGAUUAA